AUGGCGCAGCCACGGACAUUGAACUUGGACGUGGUAUCAGGGCCAGAUCUCUUCCCGCUUCUGCGUCCUCGGGAUGUAGGCAAGGAGCGGGCAUCCACCUCGGUGUGGUCUCUGCGGCGACCUUCAUUGGCGCGUCCAGAGCAGUCCGGUUCGGCGGGAAUCAAUAAAACGGGCUCGGGCGUCGUCACCGCCUGUCCGGUCUUCUCGCGAACGUAGUUAAAACUCGAACAAGGCGCCGCGCCGUGCCGCGCCGCACCGCCCGGUGACUUCCCCUUGCGGUCCACGCUGCGCC